ACGCCCUCAGCCUCCUGCUCACCGUCUUGCCCCCCUCUCCCUUUCCCUCAGGCCUCUCCCUCUGCUCAUCAACCAACUCUAUAUUGCUGGCCGGUGCUCUGAAGUCAUCGGCCACUCUAUCCCGCGCCCUCGGUACCCCCCGCGACGUAUGACAGACACAGACAUGGUCAAAGCGCUGUCACAGACUCAUCGACAAUUACCAACCGCUCUGUUUGCAUCAUCAAACCGCACAGUGAGCACGCGACAACCCAACAGCUCGCCCUCUCCGGAGGUGGGAGUCUGUUAGGUAUCUUCAACUACGACAUGAUUAUCCCCCGCACUAUCUAUCAAGAGUCGCCGCCAGAACGACGCUCGCGCAUCUCCAAUAACCCGACCCUCCUCUUCAGUUGGUGGUGCACGAUCUUCUCUCUCGUUAUCAUAGGCUUCCGGCUCUCUGGCCGCUACAUCAGGAAUGAGAGACUCUUCCGGGAGGACAAGAUAAUGGCAUGGAGCAUCAUUCCGCUAAUGGCAAGAAUGGGCUUCGUCCAUGUGGUCCUCAUCUACGGCACCAACAACGUUGACGUUGAUGGACUAGAUGACCCACUAUUGCUUCACCAUCGAGAAAUUGGAUCAAAGAUGGUCCUCUGUGCUAGGAUAUUCUAUGCACUCUUCAUCUGGAUGGCGAAAUUCACCGUCUCCGAAUUUCUCAAGCGAAUGACGGAACGCUUUUGGAAGAAGGGCUACGAAAUGGGCCUACGAUUGAUUCGCGGCUUUCUGGUGGCCACUUUCAUCGCCGUCGUCAUAGGGACUUUGGCAGAAUGCGAUCCUUUUGAUCACUACUGGCAGGUCGUCCCGGAUGCUGGCCCGAAAUGCCGACAAGGCUAUGGGCAUUUGCUCACCAUGGGCGUGACUGAUAUCAUCACCGACGUCCUCCUUGUCUUGUUCCCGAUCCCGAUUAUUAUUCGAUCUGCCAUGCCCUUAAAGCGUAAGCUUUCCCUGAUCUCCCUUUUCUCGCUGUCCCUCAUCCUCAUUGGCAUCGCCGGCGCUCGAGUACCUUUGGUUAUUAAACGCUUUGGGUUGCAGCAGUUCCGCACUGUAUUGGCAUCCGUAGAAAUUCUUGCUGCGGCCGCAGUUUCUAACGCCAUCAUUCUUGGCUCCUUCCUUCGUGACCGAGGUAUCAAGAAAUCGAAGUAUAGGUUCGGUUCCGCGACCGACAGCAUGGAUCGCAGGUCUUCCACUCGUCGGCCAACCUUACAGCCAUGGGGAAGUGAUGAAGACUUAGCUCGAGAUCUGGGUUACCGGCCGAAUCCAGAGCUUACACAACAACCCAAUAGCGUGCCAAGGCCGGCUCCUGUUGCAGAUCUAGACCUCUUGUCGCCUCACGGAAAGCAUGUUCCCUUCCCAAACAGCAACUGGGCGUUCCCGAAUCGGCAGUCCGGGAUUUCACAGGAUAGCGAAGAGUCGGAUCUAAAAGCAAGGACCCCAGAGGACCCAAUGCCUAGCCCGCGAGAAUCAAGAGGAGCAGGGGGCAGGCGAGUUUCUUUCUUUGACGUGGGAGGAUUGUUGGAGGGAGGUUCGCAUUCAAGCACAACCACAUCACCCACAGAUUCCGUCAUCGCUCACGACUUCGCUGCGCCUCCGAGACGUGGAUCAAGAGCUUCGAACGGACUGUUCCCCAAUGGCCGGGCCCAUCCACCAUCGGCGCGGCGUUCCUCGCGUUUAUCACAACAGUCAGAGGACUAUGAAAUGACGGUCCGCCCAAGUCAGCAAUUACAAGAUCCAGGAGGACUGCUCUGCGAGAGCCACGAAUUAGCGGUCGAAGAAGAUACCUCGUCCCCUACCCCUCCCCAGCGUGCUCCAAUCGAACUCACCAUUACUGAAACUAGCCCCGGAAGUGUCUCAUCACUGCAAGAUGCUGGUGGUUUAAUCCCUUCUAAUAUUUUCAAGCAUUCUCAAUGAUACCCACCACCCGUAUACUGGCUUUCUUCAUUCACUGAGGCACGGUUUCCCGGGUUAGUCUAGCAUCUUGGUACUUUUUGUUUUUAGGUUUGCUGGGCUUUGAACUGGAUCAUUUCAUGCAUUUUCUGCUUAUUUCCUUGGCUCAAGAUAUCCCCGAAGACCACGGCGUCUACGGUUCUUACGAAUGAUGCGUCAUGAUCGAUUCUCUUAUGGUGUAAUUGGGCGACAUGCCAGGUUCCAGAUCUGAUGGCAUGGGUUGGAUAUAAUGUUUUUAGCGUUUGAGCCUUACGGCUCUCGAUCCGUGUGGUGUGAGAGUUAAGUCUCUUGGGUCCCUGUACAAUACUAUCUUCUGGGCACUUAUGGUUCCCAUGUGCUAGGAGCGUCGUGAAUGCGAUUUAGCGAUCUGGAACUUGGAGAUGGCUUGAUGAUUAUGAUGGAGCUCAAGCCAGGUAUAUGCAAUACAAUUC